GUAUUAACAAACUGAGGCAUGUUAGUUAAGGUCUCUCUGAAGCAGGCUUCAUUCUGGCUCCUGCCAGAGUGCGGUCUGGACUGACUUGGAAGAGGCAGUGGAGAGCCUAUAGUUCAAGUCUGUGGGUUCUGGAUACUUUGGGGACAGCAAAAGCCUGAACCUUCCCAACAAAUGCCUGAAAUGGGGCAGAACUGCUCCAUUGAAUCUCACUGGUCACCUCUCUGUCCUGAAGCCUUUCAGAUGAGCACAGGCACAACAGAGCAAGAUAGCCAGGGUAGAAAGGCCAAGGAAAGGACUCUGGGCUUGUCAUAUAUGCUUCAUCAAUCGAUUGAUGGACUGGAGGAGAAGCUGGCACGCUGCAGACAGAGCAUGGAGGAGGUGGCUCUUAAGCUGCGCAGGGAGAAGCUCAGCCCUGAAGGAAGAAAGUCACUGGAGAGAGAGAGAAACUUACUAAUGACCAAAGCUGACAACUAUGAAAAAGAACUGAGUGUGCUUCGUAAGGAAAAUCGCAAGAAUGCUGCCCUUGCUGUGGCCAUGGGGUUGCUGAUUGCUCUUAUUUACGCCUGCUGGACGAUGUGAUUGCACUCAAGAAUUCUCCCUGCUGACCAAAUGACUCUCCUGCAAGGACCUCUUCCUCCUCUCACCACUGUGCCUCCCCCAAGGGUGAGGAUCAGCAUUUCAAAUUGCUGUUCUUGUUCAUCCUCUCCAAGCCUCAUUGUAGGGAAGCUUUUUCUCAGAGAAUUGAGGGCAACAGGAGACAAACCAGAAAUCACAGUACACUUGCAGUUAGCAGUCAGGUCAAGCAGAGCUCAAGGUGGUGCUGUCUUAACUCAAAACGCAGUCAAGACCAUCCAGCCUGAUGCAGGAAAGCAAUACAUUCUCCCUUUUGAAGAAGGCCUCUGUGGUUACAGACAAGUGCUCUCUGCCCAGCCCAGUCAGAAUACAUGCCACCUUCUUGGUGACAGCCAUAACCCAAAGGGACACAGAGCUCUUCGAAUUAAAGGGUAACAUGGGUAUUGUGACCUAAAGACUCACCUGUUCCCAGAGCUGAGCUAAACAAAGAUGUUUCCUCUUCCAUAUUGACUUACAGGACCACAGGAAUCCUACCCCCACAAAAACAGAUGGGAGGUAGCUAUUGCUUUCUGCAAGCAGGUAGCAUCCAACUUGAGAUCUGAGUGGUUGAGCUUUGAGAAGAUCUACCUACCUCUCCAGUGCAUCAGAGCUUGGUAGCCAUUUUGUGCCUCUGAGAAUCAACACUUGCAGAAGAGAUUUUACUAUCAACUCCCAGGGAUGGAAGUGCCUCUGCAGGGCUUUAAAUAAAGUAAUUUGACCUUGUAA